CACAGAAUCAACCCCAUGGCCGUCCCAGUCCCCAGACCUAAAUCCUGUAGAAGACCUGAGGGAACGAGGCUCUGACUUAAUCUUAAUCUCCUCUGCAUUUUAACAUGGACACUAAUACGUUCUGAGGAAAAUGGUAUAAAAGACGAUGAGUUUAUUGCAAAAAAUGGGAUUCUGGGUUCUUGCUUCUGCAAAUCUUCUGACCGAAAGGAGACAAAAAGUGAAAAAAUGGAUCAAAUUGAAAUAAAACAGCAUUCAUUUACCUUUGGACUAUUUCUGCUGCUGCUGACUCUGCAGCAAAGCCACUCUUCCUCUUCUGUCAGCCAAAAUAAAACUUUGGAGGAAUGUUUAAACGACACAGACUACAAUGAACUGAUGGAGAUAGCAGAGAAUGGCCUCCCAAAGAUAACCACACCUUAUCGUGUUGUUAUUGUUGGGGCUGGCAUGGCUGGACUCACUGCUGCCAAGCUGCUGCAAGAAGCUGGACAUGAGGUAACCAUAUUGGAGGCAAGUGAGCGAGUAGGAGGACGGGUGUUGACCCAUAGGAAUGAAACAGAGGGCUGGUAUGUUGAAUUAGGGGCCAUGAGGAUUCCAUCUUUUCAUCAAAUUCUCCACAAGUUCAUCAAGCAACUUAACAUCCCACUGAAUCAGUUCAACAUGACUGACAACAACACCUAUUACCUGGUGAAUGGGAAGAAAAACAAGACUUCAGAGGUGACUAAAGACCCCAGCAUCCUGGAUUACGACCUACCAUCUAAAGAGAGGAAUAAAUCAGCCCAUGUUUUGCUGCAGGAGGCAUUACAGGAGAUAACAAAUGAAGUUGCAGAACAUGGGUGUGAAGCAGCACUGAAGAAGUUUGAUCACUUCUCUGUAAAGGAAUAUCUGCAAGAAAAAACCAAGUUAAGUUCAGAGGCCAUUAGGAUGAUCGGCGACUUACUGAAUGAAAACAGCAUCAUGUCCAUGGCUCUGUCUGAGAUGAUUUACCUCGAGAAUGAUGUCAACGACAGUGUGAUAUACAGUGAAGUGACUGGUGGGAUGGAUCUGAUACCCACUGCUCUUCACCGAACUCUCAAAAAGGACACUGUCAUUCUCAACGCUGCAGUCAAGAAGAUCAGCCAGUUAAAUAAAAACAACACAGUCACAGUGUGGUAUCAGCAUGACAAAACACAAAGUCUUUCCAGUAUUACAGCUGAUGCUGUUCUUGUGACAGCCUCUGCCAAAGCAGCUCUCUUUAUUGAUUUCGAACCUCCUCUCGGAACCUCCAAGAUGGAGGCUCUGAAGUCAGUCCACUAUGGAAGCUCCACUAAAGUUAUCCUCACCUUCAGUGAAAGGUUUUGGGAGAAAGACGGAAUCUAUGGUGGAAAAAGCAUAACUGACCGAACCUCUCGGUUCAUCUACUACCCAAGCCACAGCUUCCCGAGAAACGACAAGAUCGGCAUCCUCCUGGCUUCCUACACCUGGGCUGAAGACUCCCUCCUCUUACUGGGUUUGAGCGACGAAGACCUUAAAGAGGUGGCACUGAAAGACUUGGCUUUGAUCCACGGCGAACACGUCAGGUCCCUCUGCACAGGCGUGCUGGUGAAGAAGUGGAGUCUAGAUCCUCACAGCCUGGGCGCCUUCGCUCUCUUCACACCUAAUCAGCACUUGGAGUACGCCGAGCAGCUCUUCAAGAAAGAGGGCAGGAUUUAUUUUGCUGGUGAACACGCAGGCUUCCCUCAUGCUUGGAUUGAAACGGCUAUGAAAUCUGCUAUCAGGGCAUCGAGAAACAUAAUGGAGGCAUUAAGACCCCCAGUGUCAGACAUGGCCAGAGAUGAGCUUUAAGGUCUUGAAUCCUGCGCUAGUUGCUGAUUUUAGGAAUUCUGAUCUUUGAUCUCUUUUCACCAUCUACAUCUUAGUACAUUUUUAACUGCUUUUCAUGUUAGCUGUUUAUACACCCUGAAUGGCAGCUAAAUGGCUGCCUAUAUGCUUCUGUUUUUUCAAGAUUCAAGGUUCCUAUUAACAAAAAAUUUUUGCAACAUUUAUCUAGAGUAUAAGUUGACGCAUUGUAAAAAAAAAAAAUAAUAAUAAACAGGUGAAGCAACUA